AUGGUCGACUCCUUCUGUUUACAGUUUGACUUUAUUCAGGCCCAGGUGUGGCUCCCUCACGUCCGCUCGUGCGUGCUGGACUCCGAGGCAGUGGCCUGGGACCCAGUGAAGAGGCAGAUCCUCCCGUUCCAGGUGUUGACCACCCGCAAACGCAAAGACGUUGAUGCUGCAGAGAUCUCGGUCCAGGUGUGUGUUUAUGCGUUUGAUCUACUGUACCUCAACGGCGAGUCCCUGGUGAAGGAACCCCUGCUUAAACGUCGCCAGUUGUUAUAUGAAUCUUUCUCUGAGAUGGAAGGAGGCUUCAUGUUUGCCCAGUCCAUGGUCAGCUCAAACACAGAGGAGAUUGCAGAGUUCCUGGAGCAGUCCAUCAAAGAUUCCUGUGAAGGACUGAUGGUGAAAACUCUGGAAGUGGAUGCGACAUACGAGAUUGCGAAGAGAUCCCACAAUUGGCUGAAGCUAAAGAAAGACUACCUGGAUGGUGUUGGAGAUACUCUGGACCUGGUGGUUAUUGGAGCGUACCAUGGCAAGGGUAAACGCACUGGGCUGUACGGGGGCUUCCUCCUGGCCUGUUACGAAGAGGACAAUGAGGAGUUUCAGACCAUCUGUAAGAUUGGGACUGGGUUCAAAGAUGAGGAGCUGGACCAACACGCGAAAUUCUUCAAGGACCACGUCGUCGAGGCCCCUCGCCCCUACUAUCGCUGGGACCACUCGGCUGAGCCCGACCACUGGUUCGACGCGGGUCAGGUCUGGGAGGUCAAGUGUGCUGACCUCUCCAUCUCCCCAGUUUACAAGGCAGCGCUGGGACUGGUGGACGAAGAGAAGGGAAUCUCGCUGCGUUUCCCUCGGUUCCUCCGUAUCCGGGAUGACAAGAAACCGGAGGAUGCCACGACCAGCCGACAGGUGGCUGACCUCUACAGGAAACAGCAGCAGGUCCAGAACCAGCCGGGAGCCACAGACGGAGAGGCCGAGGAUUUGGACUGAGUGCGGCCUGGUUACCUGAGCCAUGUCCCCUCCAGCCACCAGGGGAGGGCCGGGGUCAGCGAGCGGCUCGGAAUAGUCCUGACUCUUCCGGGAAAGGUCUCGACCGCACAAGUUCCUGCGAGGUCUCCUCG